GCUGCGCGGCGCUGCUGGGAGCGCGGCGACGGCGGCGGCUGCACUUUCUCGGGCUGGAGCUGGAGCAGGGCUCUGGCGUGCGCGCGGCGGGGCCGCUCGAGCCGGAGGGACUGGUUGGCUGAGAGAGACGGGAGGGAAUCCCGGGCUGCCAAGCCGCAAGUACAGCCCGCUCCGCGCCGGCAGGGCAACCCUUUUGGCUCCCUGCACCCCGAACCCCGGGCAAGUGGGGCGGGGGUCCCCGGAGACCGCCGCCGGCCGCUCGACGCUGACAGGACCGCGCGGGACCCGCCCCCGGUAGCCGGCCCCCGGGCCCGCGGCCCCGACUUGGCCCCGCGCAGCGGGCGCGGGGCAGCGGAGAGGGAGGAAGCGAGAGGGGCCGCCCUCCCCCCUGAGUCGUCAGCGCCUUCCCCGGGUCCAAAAUGCCCAAGAAGAAGCCGACGCCCAUCCAGUUGAACCCGGCCCCCGACGGCUCCGCGGUUAACGGGACCAGCUCUGCGGAGACCAACCUGGAGGCCUUGCAGAAGAAGCUGGAGGAGCUGGAGCUUGAUGAACAGCAGCGGAAGCGCCUUGAGGCCUUUCUUACCCAGAAACAGAAGGUGGGAGAACUGAAGGAUGACGACUUCGAGAAGAUCAGUGAGCUGGGGGCUGGCAAUGGCGGAGUGGUGUUUAAGGUCUCCCACAAGCCUUCCGGUCUGGUCAUGGCCAGAAAGCUAAUUCAUCUGGAGAUCAAACCCGCAAUCCGGAACCAAAUCAUAAGGGAACUGCAGGUUCUGCAUGAGUGCAACUCUCCAUACAUCGUGGGCUUCUAUGGAGCAUUCUACAGUGAUGGCGAGAUCAGUAUCUGCAUGGAACAUAUGGAUGGGGGUUCCUUGGAUCAAGUCCUGAAGAAAGCUGGAAGGAUUCCUGAACAAAUUUUAGGAAAAGUUAGCAUUGCUUGUUUUUGGCCGAGGGCUGCCUCUGAUGGGGCUGGGGGUGUGAUCCUGGGGCUGGUGGUCAGGGCUGGUCUGUCCAUCCAGAGUGCUGCCCCUUCCCUGUCUACCGGUGCCAAUUCCCUACUUCUCUAUUCUCUCUUUCCUGCAGAUGUCAAGCCCUCCAACAUCCUAGUCAACUCCCGUGGGGAGAUCAAGCUCUGUGACUUUGGGGUCAGCGGGCAGCUCAUCGACUCCAUGGCCAACUCCUUCGUGGGCACAAGGUCCUACAUGUCGCCAGAAAGACUCCAAGGGACUCAUUACUCUGUGCAGUCAGACAUCUGGAGCAUGGGGCUCUCUCUGGUGGAGAUGGCGGUUGGGAGGUAUCCCAUCCCUCCUCCAGAUGCCAAGGAGCUGGAGCUGAUGUUUGGAUGCCACGUGGAGGGAGAUGCAGCUGAGACCCCACCCAGGCCAAGAACCCCUGGGAGGCCCCUCAGCGCAUAUGGAAUGGACAGCCGACCUCCCAUGGCGAUUUUUGAGUUGUUGGAUUACAUAGUCAAUGAGCCUCCUCCAAAACUGCCCAGUGGAGUAUUCAGUCUGGAAUUUCAAGAUUUUGUGAAUAAAUGCUUAAUAAAAAACCCCGCGGAGAGAGCAGAUUUGAAACAACUCAUGGUUCAUGCUUUUAUCAAGAGAUCUGAUGCUGAGGAGGUAGACUUCGCAGGUUGGCUCUGCUCGACCAUCGGCCUUAACCAGCCCAGCACACCAACUCACGCGGCUGGUGUCUGAGUGUUUGGGAAGCAGCAAAGAGCGAGUCCCCUGCCCAGCGGUGUGCCAUGUUGCUUUCGGGCCUCUUUCCCAUGCCUGUCUCCCAUUCAGACGUGCACUUCACCUACGACAAAGGAUGAAAAACACAGCAUGUGCCAAAAUUCUACUCGUGUCAUUUUUAAUAUUACUGUCUUUAUCCUUAUUACUACUGUUACUCCCCUAAGUGGAUUGGCUUUGUGCUUGGGGCUAUCUAUGUGUAUGUUGAUGAUCAAAACAUGUGCCAGGCUGAAUUACAGUGAAAUUUUGGUGACUGUGGGUAGUCAUUCUUACAAUUGCACUGCUGUUCCCACUCCGUGACUGACUGGCCACCUGUAUUUUUGGGAUUUUUUGACAUUGGUGGUACUUUACUCUCGCCAGGCGUACUUUCUCUCUGUUUGAGUAGGAGGGAGCCUUGUGAGAUCCUCCACAGGCAGUGCAUGUGAAGCAUGCUUUGCUGCUAUGAAAUGAGCAUCAGAAAGUGUACAUCCUGUUAUUUUAUUAUUUUUUGCUUUUGAUGUAGAAUUCAGCAGUCUCCAUCAAAAUCUAGCCAGAGCCCUUCACUGCCAUGAUAGCCGGGGCUUUACCAGUCUGUCUACUGUGAUGAUUUGUAGACUUCUGGUUAUAUUUCUAUAUUUAUUUUUAAAUACACUUUGUGGGAUAUUUAGUGGUGUAUGUCUCUUAAGUUUUGAUUAGUGUUUCUAAAAUGGUGGAGUUGUUUUGAAUGUCACAAAUCGAUCAAGGCAUUAAAAUGUGUCAGAUUUAUCUUUCCCCAUAGCCAGUACCAAUGCUAUUGUAAACAAAGUGUAUAGUGCCUAAAAAUUGUAUGAAAAUCCUUUUAACCAUUUUAAUCCAGAUGUUUAACAAAUCUAAUCUCUUAUUCUAAUAAAUAUACUAUGAAGUUAAAAAGUGAUGAAAG